AAAUGGCGUCCGCAAAGCCUGUGGACCGCUGUGGUUUGUUUGUUACCCGUUUAAUUUAGAGCCGAGUUGGGGGGGGGUCUCUUCGUCUAGGCAUAUGGACGAUAACAUGGCAGUGCACCGCUGCCGCCCGCUUUCUUGAUUCCGGAAUCGAACCCGCAACUUCAUGUCCGAAGGAGCCAGAGCUGCCUGGUCGAAGAGGGGUUGUGGGGAUUCGCACCGCCGAGAACCAGGGAAACAUAAACACAGGAAAUGCGAGCGGCCCCUUAACGCUCAGCUGUCAAAGCCUGUGAUUGUUCGCCCGGGCUCCAAAAGGUGUGUUAUGUCGGCGGCAGAUGUGGAGGUGUACCUGUCCCAGGUGCACGAUGGGAGCGUGUCGUCGGGCUUCCGGGCGCUGUACGAGGAGCGUCUGCUGCUGGACGUCACGCUGCUGAUAGAGGAGCACCACUUCCAGGCCCACAAGGCGCUUCUGGCCACCCAGAGCGACUACUUCCGGGUGAUGUUCACAGCCGACAUGAGGGAGAGGGACCAGGACAAGAUCCACAUGAAGGGGCUAACAGCUGCAGGGUUCGGCCACAUUCUCCGCUUCAUGUACUACGGCUCGCUGGAGCUCAGCAUGCCCACCGUCCAGGAGAUCCUUCAGGCGGCCAUGUACGUCCAGCUGACGGAGGCGGUGGAGUUCUGCUGCUCCUUCCUGCUGGCCAAGAUCUGUCUGGAGAACUGUGCCGAGGUCAUGCGCCUCCUGGAGGACUUCAGCGUGGGCGUGGAGGGAGUCCAGGAGCAGCUCGACAACUUCCUUCUCGACAACUUUGUCCCCCUCAUGAGCCGACCCGACUUCCUGUCCUACCUCAGCCUCGAGAGACUGCAGGCGUACCUGAACAGUGACGCUCUGAGUCGCUUCCCUGAAAUCGAGCUGUACGAAGCCGUCCAGUCGUGGCUGCGACACGACCGGCGCCGCUGGCGACACACGGACACCAUCGUGCAGUCCAUCCGCUUCUGCCUCAUGACUCCCGCCAACAUCUUCGAGAAGGUGAAGACGUCCGAGUUUUACCGUUACUCCAGGCAGCUGAGGCAGGAAGUGGAUCAGGCGCUCAGCUACUUCCACGACGUCAACCAGCAGCCUCUGGCGGAGACGCGCUCCAACCGCAUCCGCUCCGUCCGCCCGCAGACGGCCGUCUUCCGGGGAAUGAUCGGUCACAGUAUGGUCAACAGCAAGAUCCUUCUCCUGCAGCGGCCAAAGGUUUGGUGGGAGCUGGAGGGGCCUCAGGUGCCGCUGCGACCGGACUGCCUGGCGAUCGUGAACAACUUUUCCUUCCUGUUGGGCGGAGAGGAGCUGGGGCCCGACGGCGAGUUUCACGCCUCCUCCAAAGUCUACCGCUACGACCCUCGACAGAACUCCUGGCUACGCAUGGCUGACAUGUCUGUGCCCAGGUCCGAGUUUGCCGUGGGCGUCAUCGGAAAGUUUAUCUACGCCGUAGCGGGCCGCACGCGAGACGAGACCUUCUAUUCCACAGAGCGCUACGACAUCACCGAGGACCGCUGGGAGUUCGUGGACCCGUAUCCCGUGAACAAGUACGGCCACGAGGGGACGGUCCUCGGCGGCAAACUGUACAUCACCGGCGGCAUCACCUCCUCCUCCACCUCCAAGCAGGUGUGCGUGUUCGAUCCCGGGCGGGAGGCCGGGGGAGGAGGAGGAGGAGGAGGAGGAAGCUCGAGCGGUUCGGACGCGCACAGGACGCGCGCCGGCCGCGGCCCGCUGCUGCCCGGCACCCACGCCAGCUGCUGGGAGAACAAAUCCAAAAUGAACUACGCCCGCUGCUUCCACAAGAUGAUCUCGCACAACGGGAAGCUGUACGUGUUCGGAGGCGUGUGCGUGAUCCUGCGGGCGUCCUUCGAGUCGCAGGGCUGCCCGUCCACCGAGGUGUACGACCCGGACACCGACGAGUGGACCAUCCUGGCCUCCAUGCCCAUCGGGCGUAGCGGCCACGGCGUGGCGGUGUUGGACAGGCAGAUCAUGGUGCUGGGCGGCCUGUGUUACAACGGCCACUACAGUGACUCCAUCCUAACGUUCGACCCCGACGAAAACAAGUGGAAGGAGGACGAGUAUCCCAGGAUGCCUUGCAAACUGGACGGUCUGCAGGUGUGCAGCCUGCACUUCCCAGAGUACGUGCUGGAGCACGUCAGACGCUGCAGCUGA